AUGGCGGUCUUCCGUGCACAAGAUCCGGCGUGGACUGGCGACCUGGAUGCUUGGGCCUUGACGGACUGCGAUAGGGCCACCCUCCGUGAGUUCUGGACCAAGCUCAACAAUGACCAGAUGGAAUACUGCAGCCGAUGCCGCGAGUGUUGGCUUGGUGUACAACCAGCUCCUCUCCUGCCGCGGGAGUUGAACACGGUGUUGCUGCGUCCUGCCAACACGUCGUCACACGCUAAUCUCAGCCGGCAAUUCACCCGCCAGUUCCGCGUGCGUCGCCAGGCGGUUAUGAUAUGGCUAGACUACCUGCGCCAUCAUCAUCCUGGCUAUCGAUCCAUCGCGAUCGACGACGAGCGACUGAGCCAACUGCCCGAGGACGGCAAUGUGGUGGACGCCAUCCCCCAAAGUCAGGUGGAGGCUGCCGAUGUGGGACCGGAGGAAGAUCAGGAGGCAGAGCCUGACCUAGAGGAUGCGGCUGCGGUGCCUGACCUGUUGGCCAAGGACACGGAGCUGGAUGCUCUGCGGUCUAUUCUCGCGGCACGUGCGAGGUCCAAAUUCUUCGUGAAGCAACACGAUGGCACCCGUGAGCCGCUCACGCGAGAGCAGCUUAUUCAGGCGCUCGAACACGCUGAGGAUCCACGGGCGCAGGCGCUGAUCAACUCGAUCACAAGAAAGAGGCAGGACCUCGAGGCGUAUGCCUACAGCUUGGGUUGUCCUGGCGCAUUCAUCACAUUUAGCCCGGCUGAUUUACACUGGCGGAGCCUCUACCAACACAUGCCCCGAUAUGAAGAAUGGCUGGGCGCGUCCGAGCCGGAAAGGAUGGCAUUGUCGCGAACGAAGUUUAACGUGACGGAUUACUGGGGCCGAGAUGACAUUCCUGCGGCUCUCGCAAAUCGUCAACCGCUGCCAGCGCCACAGAUGCAAUACCGCGUACUGCUUGCGGGUCCGAAAGAGAAGUGGGGACCUGGCGAACGAUAUGCAGGGGCUGCAGCCGAUAUCGAGGCGGCCAAUGUCGCCGAUCCGGAGAGGGAGUGUCGUUUCAACUUCCCCCGUGCCUUGCGGGAGCUAGCCGCAGUCAUCAGGAAAGAAGGUAAGUCAUAUUACAUCUUCGAGGCAGCCCACAACGACAGCCUCAUGAACCACUUCAAUCCUGCCAUCAUUCUGGGCUGGCUGGCCAAUAUCGACAUAUCGCCCUGCACCAGCUUACAGGCAGUCAUUACGUAUGCUGCCAAGUAUUGCAGCAAAUCGGAGAAGAAGACGGAGCCUUACUGCAAGCUCGCAGAUCAGGAAGGCACUCGGAUGGUUGUGUACGUCGACUGCCGUCCGUUGGAGCAGCAUGUGCGGUCGUUCCGCGUCGACGAGGAUUCCUACAAUCUCAAGACGUGGAGGAGACUCGGUGCGAACGCGAAGAAGAGGUUGAUGAUGGCCCAUCCGCAUCGCUCUCCGGAGGAGCUGCUUGCUGUGGACGGGCAGCCGUUUGAGUCCUUUGCGGCGGCGUACCAGUGCUGCCGGCAGCGACACCAUUUCCAUGAGGACGACCAUUACGGCGAGGUGGGAGCAAAUGAGCUGCAGGCAGAGGACGAUGAGUUUCAGCGGGAGGAGCACGAAGAGCCUGUCGUGGAGGAAGAUUGGCAUGAACUCGCCCGUAUGCUGCCAGACCAUCCGCUGGAGGAGGAGGAUAUCGACGUGCUGGGCCGGCGAGAUGUCGACGGCGACUUCUGGAAGCAACGCAAAGCCGAAAAUCCCCUUCACCUUGAUGUGGAUCAUCAGCCGCUGGAGGCUCGCGAUUCCCUGAAUCCGGAGCAGCGCCUAGUGUACGAUACGGUGAUGGGCCACUUUCUGACCCAGGCCUGUUCCCAGUUGUUACUCCAUGUGGACGGCGGCGGUGGCACGGGCAAAUCAUACCUCAUCAAUCUGCUUUCGGCGCACCUCCAAGCCGCCUCGGGCGGAAGAGGGACGCCUGUUUGGCGUGCCGCGCCCACGGGCGUUGCGGGAAAUCAGAUAUCGGGCACUACCUUGCACUCCCUGCUGCACCUCCCCAUCAACAAGGACUUCAAGCCCCUGUCAGCGAUCGACAAAGCUCAGCUCCAGAAGAAGCUAAAGGAUGUCAAGUACCUGAUCGUCGAUGAGAAGAGCAUGCUGGAGAUCAAGGGCAGGAACGCAUAUCGGCGCUUCGACAAGACGGUUUUCUUGAAGGUUGCCCAGCGUCAGCGCGGCGACGAUCAGGCAGCGUUUCGCUCAGCUCUUGAGGAAUUGCGGCUGCUCCAACUCUCUAUGGAGUCCUGGAAGCUCCUCUCCAGCCGUGUUCAGGCGAAGCUGGACGAUCAGGAGGUUGCCAAGUUCGUCAAUUCCCUACGAGUAUACGCCACGAAAGACAGGGUCAUGGCUAAGAACGUUGGCCCCGGUGCUGCUGCUGCUCCUGACGACAAGCCGGUUGGCCUCUGCAACGGUGCACGUGACCCUCCCUGCGUGAUCAUGAUGGAGUUUGACAAGUACCGGGACUUCCUCGUCGGAGCCACACUCUGCACUCGUACGCAGUUUCCCCUGAUCGUGUGCUACGCCAUUACAGUUCACAAGUCGCAGAGCAUCACCGAAGACAUGAUCGUGACGGAUCUGUCGUGCCGUGACUUUCAGACCGGUUUGAGCUACGUGGCCGUCUCGCGUGUGAAAACGCUGCAGGGUCUGAUGCUGGAUGCCCGUUUGACCGCAAUCACCUGA